UCUGUUGGCAUUUUGUGUUUGACACUUGUUAUCAGGCAAGCACAUUCGUUUCUGAGACGUAAGCACACUUAGGUUUCUGUUUCUGGCAGUAUAAAUUAGCUGCAGGUUGGUGCUACUCUAACAGCUAGAAGAAGAACUGAAGAGAUGGAUCUAACAGAGCUUGAUGCAAAGCCCGGAGACCUGAUCGAGAUUGACCGUGGGUUAUACCAGCACUGGGCCCUCUACAUCGGUAAUAUGGAAGUCGUUCAUUUUACUACUCCGGGUGGUGAUGUUGCCCUGAAGACCAUAGGAAAGGUGAAGCGUGAGAUGAUCUGGAAAGUGGUGGGCAAUGAUAGGUUCAAGGUCAACAACCUCCUAGAUGACAAGUACCAGCCUCGUGAGAGUUACCUCAUCGUGAAGGAGGCUUGUAGCAUGGUGGGUCGGGACCUGCGGUACUCUCUCGUGACUAGAAACUGCGAGCACUUUGUCACAGACCUACGAUACGGCAAGGCAGAGUCCCGACAGGUUACCACAGCAGCUGAGAUUGGAGGGACAGUUUUAGCUGUUGGGUUAGUUGCAGCUGUAGCUGCUGUGUUCGUAUCCUGGCUCAAAGACGACGACAACAAAGAAGAAAGGAGAGAAGAAAGGAGACAACCAAGGAGACAUCCAAGGAGACAUUACAAUUGGCAGCAAUGAGACAACAAGAUGGAAGGAAAGAUCCUGCCACUGUUUCAGCCAAUUAACCUGGCACGGAUUAUGAUUUAAACAUUGUGAAUAAAUGGUUGUCUUUGUUGGUGUAACACACACACAACUCACACAUAUACUGUAUGCACACAUACAAACACACACAGAUUAGGCAAGCUUUUGUGGAGAAAGAUGAAGUCAUAGGUAAAUCCAUGGCUGUUAUGUUUGAUAUCAAUGUCUGAAAUGUAUAAAAUGAUUC